AGCUAAUUGUUCUAAGGAAGAUCCAACAGUAUGGGGCUUUACCAUCUCUCACUAGCAUUAGUUGUGACAUUCAUGGCCAUGUCAAUGCUUCCUCAACUCUCAACUGCCCAAAACUCCCCCAAAGACUAUGUUGAUGCCCACAAUGCUGCUCGGGCUCAGGUGGGAGUCGGGCCCAUUGUUUGGGAUGAUAACUUAGCCGCAUUUGCUAGAAGCUACGCCAGCCAGAGAGCUGGAAACUGUGAGCUCAGGCAUUCAGGUGGACCAUAUGGCGAAAACCUUGCAAAAGGGACUCCGAAUCUCACGGGGAGAGGUGCGGUAAAUUUGUGGAUCGGGGAGAAACCCUUCUACAACUACGGAUCUAACACAUGUGUCGGAGGUGAAUGCAGACACUAUACUCAGGUUGUGUGGCGUAAUUCAGUCAGACUAGGAUGUGCUAGGGUUCAAUGCAAUGACGGUUGGUGGUUCGUCACUUGUAACUAUUAUCCUCAAGGCAACUUUGUUGGACAAAGACCUUACUAGAAAACUGAAAAUCAUAGUGAUUUUUAAUUAAUAUAAGUUAUGAAUAAGUUUUGUUUGUA